GCCGAGCCCAGCCAAGCCGGGCCGGAGGCUUGGUGCAUUUUCUUAUGCAUCUGUACUUGGCUUGCAGAGAUGGGUGACCCAUACGGAGGAAGCCGAAGGCUCGCCGGACCAAGUAAGGGUGGUUUGGGGAAGGAUGGAGAGAGGAUGGAGAGCCAGCUUCCUGCCCCUCAUGAACCUCCUAAACUUGGAAAUUCUACUAGUGACAAGAUGGAGGGCAGGAAGAAAGGACGGCCAAAGGUCGAGAACCAGGCACUGAGAGACAUUCCUCUCUCCUUGAUGAACCAAUGGAAGGAUGAAUUCAAAGCCCACUCUCGGGUGAAGUGUCCAAACUCAGGGUGCUGGCUGGAAUUCCCAAGUAUUUAUGGACUCAAGUACCAUUAUCAGCGUUGCCAGGGGGGUGCCAUCUCUGAGAAGCUGACAUACCCAUGCCCCUACUGUGAAGCUGCCUUCACCUCAAAGACUCAGCUAGAGAAGCACAGACUGUGGAAUCACAUGGACCAGCCUGUCCCAGCCAGCAGGCCUUUCCCCCUGCCUAAAGCUGCACCCCCUGGGAAGCCAGUACAGACCAACAAGCCAGUCCCAGUCACUAAGCCGGUCCCAGUCAGCAAACCAGUCCCAGUCAGCAAACCAGUUCCCAUCACUAAGCCGGUUCCAGUUAGCAAGCCAGUUCCAGUCAGCAAGCCGGUUCCGGUCACUAAGCCUAUCCCAGUCACUAAGUCGGUCCCAGUCAGCAAGCUGGUCCAAGUCAGCAAGCCGGUCCCAGUCAGCAAGCCAGUCCAAGUCAGCAAGCCGGUCCCGGUCAGCAAACCUGUCCCGGUCAGCAAACCAGUCCCAGUCACCAAGGUGGCCCCAGUCAGCAAACCUGUCCCGGUCACCAAGCCUGUCCCAGUCACCAAACCUGUCCCAGUCACCAAGCCUGUCCCAGUCACUAAACUGGUUCCAGUCAGCAAAUCCGUCCUACCUAGCAAGCCGGUGCCAGUAAGCAAACCUAUUCUGCCCAGCAAACCCUUCCCAACCAGCAAGCCCAUCCAAAUCAAUAAGCCCUUCCCAUCCAGCAAACCUGUCCUUGUCAGCAAGCCAAUUCCAAUCAGCAAAUCAGCAUCACCCAGCAAAGUGUUGCCGAUGAACAAGCCGGAGAGCAAAGCGCAAAGAACUGUGGGAAGGAGCGGUGGUAAGAAGAGGGCUGCUGAGGGCUUGGACACCUGCCCCGUCCAUCCAAAACAGGCAAAAUUGGAGAAAGAAGGGGAUCUACACCCAGAGAAUGGAGAGUGUGCCCUAGACACAUGUGAGAGUAAGGACUUCCAUAUGACUGCAGCAGAGGCCAUUGCUUCACCUGCUACCAAGGCUACAGGCAGCAAAGAGGCCACAGGCCCAGUAUCACCCCCAGAAGAGGACCCUGAGCGUUCCAAGCACAGAAGGAAACAAAAAACGCCUAAGAAGUUCACUGGGGAGCAGCCAUCGAUCUCAGGGACCUUUGGUCUUAAAGGCCUUGCCAAGGCAGAGGACAAGGCCAAGGCCCACCGUGCCAAGAAGUUGGAAGCCAGCAGCAGUGCUGAGGAGGGGAGGAAAAAAGUCAUGGCAGCUAAUGUGAAGAAAGAGGUGGUACCUAUAGCCACAGCUCACGUGAGCACAGGGAGCCCUGAGGAACAGUGGCAAAGAAUCCUCCAUGAGAAGGGUGAGGUUGUCUGUCCCACCUGUGGAGUCAUCACUAGGAAAACCAUUGUAGGCCUCAAAAAGCACAUGGAUGUUUGUCAGAAGCUGCAGGAUGCACUCAAGUGUCAGCACUGCAAGAAACAGUUCAAGUCAAAGGCAGGGCUCAACUACCAUACCAUGGCAGAACACAGCAGCAAGCCUCAGCCGCUGACAGAUGUAGAGCCUUCAGAGUUGGAUGAACAAGAGGAACGGGAGCGUUUGAGGAAGGUUCUGAAGCAGAUGGGGAAGCUCAAAUGUCCCAAUGAGGGCUGUGCAGCUGCCUUCUCCAGUCUCAUGGGAUACCAGUACCACCAGAGACGCUGUGGGAAGCAGCCAUGUGACCUGGACAGUCCUGUGUUCACCUGUCCUCACUGUGGUAAAACCUAUAAAUCCAAGGCUGGCCAUGACUACCACCUCCGCUCAGAGCAUCCUGCCCCGCCUCCUGAGGAGCCUGCGGGAAAACCUCCUGAGCCGGAUGUUGAGAUGGACAUGGAACGGACACCAAGUGGCCGGAUCCGCCGGACGUCUGCCCAAGUGGCAGUGUUCCACCUCCAGGAGAUUGCAGAGGAUGAGCUAGCUCGGGACUGGACCAAGCGACGGAUGAAGGAUGACCUUGUGCCUGAAACCAAGAGGCUUAAUUACACUCGGCCAGGACUCCCAACACUGAAUCCCCAGCUGCUGGAGACGUGGAAGAAUGAAGUGAAGGAGAGAGGUCAUGUCAACUGCCCUAAUAAUUGCUGUGAAGCCAUCUAUUCUAGUGUGUCUGGGCUGAAAGCCCACCUGGCCAACUGCACCAAGGGAGACCACUUGGUGGGAAAGUAUCGAUGCCUCCUGUGUCAGAAGGAGUUCAGCUCUGAAAGCGGUGUUAAAUACCACAUCAUCAAGACACAUUCAGAGAACUGGUUCCGAACCUCAGCAGACUCCCCACCCAAACCCAAGAGCAGGGAGCAACUCUCUGCCAAGGAGAAGAAGAAAAGCACAUCAAGUGGAAAGAAGCGGGGCCGAAAACCCAAGGAACGGCCCUCUGAGGGCCCCCCCCCAAAGACUUCCCCUAAGCCCCAGGACGAUUGGCCCUUAGGUGGUCGAGACAAGGGGAACCGAAUGGUGCCCAGCCGGAAAUCGGGAGCCAGUAAGGUGCCUGAGAAAUGAGCAGAGGUUGGGGCUGGGGGGUGAGGGUGGGGGCUGGGGAGGCCAGACUGCUUCUCAGACUGUCUGGGUACUGAGUUUACAGGCCAGGGAGAGGAGAAGGGAGGGGAGGAGGGAGCUGGCUCCGAUCUCCCAUCCCUCAUUCUUUAGCUUUCCUAUCCUUCUCCUUAUUUCCCUGGCCAUUCCUUUGGAAGGAAGAAGAAAACCACUCCCAGGGACCUGUUCCUUAGCCUUGUUUAACUGAGAGAGGCUGUGGCAGCCCAUCUAAGGUUUUGUCCGUCCAUCCACAUGCAUAGUCAUGUCAUACACACGCUUGCCUGGGUUGCAGUGUACUCAGGUUGGGGAAGGGGGCCAGUUGGUGUGCACAGGUAAAUACACACACACACACACACACACACACACACACACACACACACACACGCCUGGGUUGCAAUGUACUCAGGUUGAGGAGGGGACCAGUUGGUGUUGAAAGGGAGAAGAAAGUGCAAUAGGGGUGGGGGGGUCCUUAGGGGGUAGCAGCAAGAUUUUCUAAGAGAAGGAUGGGGACUGAUCAGACACUUGGUCUUGAAGUUCUUAGGCUUUUGUGCAUUGGGGGUAUGGGAGAUGGAGUGAGAGAGAUCUGUGUCUAGAUGAUCUCUCAGAGCCAAGACUUUGGAUCCUUGGAAAUUGUUCGAGAGUGGUCCUGGGUGGAGGCUCUAGGAAAACCUCCCUCCUCCUCCCACGUCCCUAGGGGCAAACUGACUUUGGGGAUACUGGUAUUUGGAAAAGGAGCUGAAGGGAAAGAACUUUGUUCUGGAGGGGCAGGGCUAUAUUGGGGAGGGAAAGAGAAUACCUCCUGGGAUCUCAGCUCUCCCUGCUGGAGGGAGGGAACAGAUUUCAGCUUUAGUUAAGGAACGAUAGGGUCUGGACUUUCCUGUGUCUACGGGCCCUCCAUUCACAUUUCUGAUUUCUCAGCCUCCAGAUAGGACAAGUGUUGGUCCUGUUCUCAGGAGAGCUUCCUUUUGUGCCCUCAUGGCAUUGUGUUUCUGUCAAGGGUUGCUUGUAGUUUCUUGGGAAGAGAUUUGAGUGACCUAGGACCCAGUCUAGGUCCAUGGCUCCUCUUCCUCUCAGCACUGUAAGCCUGAACCCUCUUGAGCCACUUUCCUGGAUAGAUCCCUUAUAUCCUAGGCAGUCCCUUUGUAUCUCCUCAUCCCUUUUCCCAUUUCAUCUCUCCUUUCUGUGUCUGUCUGCUCCCCUCCACCAGAGGGCAUAGUAGUGGCACUAAGAAUUGAAGGGCUGACUAAUAUUGGGGUGGGGAGAAGGGGCACCCUUAAAAACACUUCCUGUCAUUCCCCUUCCCUUGGGAGCUGUGCUCUUAGAAGACUUGCCCAUCUAUCAUUAUCUCUGAGUGUUGACUUCUCUGGUCCCUUGGUGGAGCUGAGGGAAGAUUGCUAGAAGCUAGGGAAGGUAAAUCUCAUCCCUAUAGGGCUGGUGCCCUAUAGUACAGGGCUCCACAUCCCCUCUCUUGGAAGAAUGAGGUUCUGCAUGGGAUAGUCGCACACAUGACUGGUGGUGAUAGUGAGAGGAGGACAUAGCCCAGUUGUGCAAGGCCCUCUUGCUUUCUCUGUACUUGACCUUUACCAGUUUUUUCCAGUCAUAGUAUCAUGGGAUUUAGAGUUAUAAGGGAAUCUUUGAGAUCAUCUUGUCCAGUUCCCUCAUUUUGACAGAUGAGAAACCGAGGCCCAGAGAGAUACAGUGAGUUGGCCUCCAAGCUGGAUUCCAUAUACAGAGCUUUUUUUCUUCAAGUCUCCAAGCGUGAUUCCAUAUACAGAGCUUUUUUUCCUCUUUCACUACACCAUGGUACCCAAGAUGGUUUGCUGCCUCAGAGACUAAAAAGUAGAGUUAAUAAGUAAUGACAGAUCCAGGAAUGCUGAUGAUAGGAAGGGCCCAGAGCUUCUGAUCUGCUCCCUCUUGAAGAAUGACCUUCAGGACAGGUUUCAGACUCCCUAGGUUGGAAUCAGAUAGUAUAUGGCACCUACUUUGUGGGUGGUGGAAGGUGAGUGUCACCAAGAUGAGAAAUGCCUCACACUGGUAAGGUAGUUAAUAAAUUCUUAUUCUUGAAAGCACUGGGAGGUAGGCUUUCCUCCAGGGAUUGUCCCCACCAUAUCCUCCCUAGUAAGCAUGUAGUAUCUGCUGUAACCUUGCCUUUGAGCAUUUCCUUAGCCCCUAGCCAUCUGGCUUGUCCCCGAAUCUCCUUUGGGACCUUUUGUCUCCAGCUUUAAUGGGGAAAAGAGGGAUGGAGGCUGCAAGGGAGGAUUGAAUGUGGAUCUUGGGGAAAUUGAAAGGAGUUCUAAUCUCAUUGUGUUAUAGCUUUAGAACUAACUGGAAGGGACCUUAGAGAUCAUGUUGUCUAGCCCCCUUGUUUUGUAUUUAAGAAAUUGAGACCCCGCGAAGGUCCCCACGGUGGUAGAGCUGACCUUUAAACCAAGGAGCUCUGACUCCAAAUCCAACACUUUUUCCAUUACACCAUGUGCUUAUGAUGGAGACUGGUCAAGGCAAGGUGGGACCCACAAGGAAGUGGUAGCUAUGGACUAGCCAGUUUGUAGAAGUCAAGGUUGGCUUUUCUCCCUCUUCCUCCCAGGAGUCAGUGUAAGCCCACAUAGGAAAGGUCACCUGAGAUGAGGAGCCAGACAGAAUGAAAAAGGGAAGUCAGGCUAGUACACACACAGAAGCUUACACUGCCUUCCCAAACACAAAUUGUUUUUAGAUUAUUUGCUGUUAUGGAUUAUCUGUGCCACACUCCCCUCCGUUAAUGCAGAUAAUAGACAUAAUUAUGACCCAAUUUAUCACUGGGUCAUCUCUCUAACACCCUACCCCUUCCCCCAUCAAAAGAGAAGAAAGCCCCUUAAAGUUGAGGGAGGAUUUGGAUGUAGCUAAAGACAUGAAGGGGCUGCUGUAAGUGGGCUGUUUGGGGAAGGGGUCUCUGCUCCCCCAGUCAUCCCUAAGGACCCAUUAUCAGGAGCUGCAGUCCAUGAUGUGAAUUUUUAUAUUUGCCCAGUGUGUGUCUCCUAGAUAUUGUGAGAAAGCCAGUUGUCUUCACAAGUAACAAAUGAUUUUAUAUCCUUUUUAUACUAUAAAUUGUCUAAUCUCUGACACUUUGGUGCUAAGGGUUUCCUGGUACCGACUGUACCCUGGGGGAGCCAGUGCUUCCCUGAGCCUCAGAAGUUGAGAAUUUGGAUCACAGUGGCAGGUCCAGGACCACUUUCCCCUACCCCUCCAGCUACUGAAACUCAGCCAGAGGCCUGAGUGUCUAGUGACUCAGGCCAUGGCUGCCAUCUCUCCAACCCCCAAAAAGAGCCUUCAGGGCAGGGUCCACCCAGCACAGGUCCAUGGGGGAGGUGGACAUAGGGUAGUUUCCUGCCCAUAGACCCUUAUGGGGAGGCUGGGCUCAGGGAUACACCUCACAAAGAUAAUUUCCCCUCUGAGCCUUCUUACCCUCCAAUUGACCUAGUUGCCUCUGAGUAGUGUGAGACCAAGACUGAGGUUGAUGCUGUCCCCUGGGGACAGGGAUAAAAGGGGAGUAGGGAACCUAGGGCUGGGACACUGUCAUUGCUUUCCAUGCCCUUGGCUAAGGUUUUAGGGCCACAUACAUUGGAGGGGUUGACCCUAUAUGGUGGUGGUCUUCGAGGAGUUGGGCCCUUCCUUCUGCUUUACCUUGGAAUGAGAGGGGAGACACUGGUUCCUUCCAUCAGGAGGUCCCCAGUCUGAGGGAAAACACAAGAACUGAUUUAAAGACACAAACAAAAAGAAAUUGAUAGAAGAAAGAAAAGCCAAAUGCUGAGGGGCUGCAGAAAAAAAUGGGGUGGGAAGGUGAAGGGGAACAACCUAGCACUGAGCUCUUUGGGGUAUCAGAACGGGUCACUGUGCUUAGAUGAUCAAGUCUGGAAGUAGGCUAGUGGUAGAGUAGAGAUGGUAUGUGCUAUGUGCCAUGCACACACCAUUUCUUCUACUCUCAGGCUGUCUUCUCUCACUCUUUAGCUAUUUCCUCCCAAUCCUGGGGCUCCUGGGAAUAGAAGUUUAUUGGUGUCAGAGGUGUAUGUGGAGAGGGUAGCAGAGGUAGUUGCCGUGAAUGGGAAAGAGGUCUCUGUCCUCAGUCUUUCGGCUAACAUUCUUUUGGGAGACCAGGUGGUCGCUGCUCCUCACCAAGGAAUCCCUGGGGGUGGAGGGUUGAACUCCAGAGCAAGACGGGUCCCUAUUAACUUGGAUUUUAGCACUUUACUCUCCCCUGGAUAAAUUGGGUGUGUGGGUUCCACUGACUUUGGUAAGGAUGGGCAGGUCUGGGUCACGUCUGGAAUAGCUGCAGGCUGUUGAGGGUUUGUUUGAGUGCUGCAGCCACUGCCCUCUACCCCACCCCCACCCCAACAUAUGAUUUCCCCCUGCUUCUCCCCCCCCCCCCCCCCCCCCACCAAGGGGCAGCGCCGGCACUGAGUUCCGGACUCAUGAUGUCCCUGUUCCCAAAACACACACAAUUUCUCGUUGCCGCUGACAUAUUCAAGGCCACCUUCUCCAGAUCUACCUCUGACCUUGCUGGGGCACCCAAAUCCAGCCCUCAGUGGUAGGGGGAUGGGUGUGUGUGUACGCAGAGAGGAGGGCCAGCGCUUGCACAGGACGAGGGAGGUCGGCGGUGGGAGGAGGGCGGAGUUUGGGUAUGAUAGAAGGGGCGGGCAAAAUUUCAAGGUAAAAAAAAGGAUGCACUUUAUUUGCACGUGCAGAGGCGAUGGAGGCAGGGCAAUACAUUUGCCUCAGCCUUCCAAGAGGGCUCUGAAAUCUGCCCUUUUACAGAUUCCUCACUGUCCCCUAAUAGCCUCUGACCCUUGCCGCCGGAGUCAUUUUAGGACUGGGAGGGCUGGACUUAAGAAAAGGUCUUGCUUUCCCCUCUCCUACCCCAUCACCGCCGAUUCAGAUUCACCAGUUGGAGCAGGUCGGGAGAGAACCCCUGGACUUGCCCGCCUGUCCCAGCCCAUCAGAGCAUCCUCUCCCUUUGGGCUUCGUUUGGUUUUUACGCCCGUUCUUAGACAUAAGUGCAUUUUGGAAAAAAAAAUUUCAAUUUAUCCCUUGUAACCACAUAUAUACAUAUAUAUUAUAUCUACAAAGUGUUUAUUUGCGAGAGGCGUUUUAACGGCGACCUACCCGAGGCUGCCCCCCCCCCCCCCCCCAAGCGUGAUGAUCGGUGCCCUCAUUAAUCACCGGCGAGCACGGGGCAAAAGUUGGUAAGGCCCCCAGCCGGAGGGUACAUGCUGUAAAGCCCAGGGCCAGCGAGGACCGGGCUGAAAGUCGAUUCCUGUAUGUACGAAAACGACCGUAUCAGAUAAAUGUUUAUUGAUUCUUUUUCA